GCUUCUACAACACGAGAACUCCUGAAGUCAGUGGAAGAGGAGCUGAGUGAGCAGAAACAGAUGAACUCUGAUCUGGAGAAACUGUGUCAGGAGAAGGAUUCCUCUUUAGAGCAACAGAUGAGGACUCUGACAGAGACACUGCAGAGUGUUGAAGCAGAGAGAGACAGUCUGCUGUGUGAGAGGACGUCCGGCUCUCAGACUCACAGUGAGGAGAUGGAGAAGCUGCAGCUCAGAGUGACGUCUCUCAGUGAGGACAAAGAUCAGCUGCAGGAGACACUGGAGGGACUGAGACAGGAGAAGCAGCAGCUCAGAGCACAACUGGAGGACAGGAUGGAGAUG